AUGCAAAUAUUCCAGCAAAGUGAAAAGCAAAACACAAAAUGGAGGUUGAGAUAGUGUCAAGAGAGUGCAUCAAACCCUCUUCUCCAACACCUCACCACCUAAGAACACAUAAGAUCUCUCUCCUUGAUCAAUAUGUACCACAUGCUUAUGCUUCCCUUCUUUUUUUUUAUCGAGCAAAUCAUCAAGGGAUCUCCAUCUCAAAGAGAUUACAAGUGUUGAAACAAUCUCUCUCGAAGACACUAACUCUUUACUAUCCCCUCGCCGGAAAGGCCAAGGACAAUCUUUCCAUUGAUUGUAACGACGAGGGGGCUUAUUAUGUGGAGACUCGAGUUACUUGCCAUUUGCGCGAUUAUCUCAAACAACCUGAUAUCUCAGCAAUCCCUAAAUUUAUGCCGGAGGGGAUUCUUUUUGAUGAAGUAGCUCCAGGAGCUCAUACCUGUAUGGUACAAGUAAACGUGUUUGCUUGUGGUGGUAUUGCCAUUGGCGUUGUUACUCCACACAAUUUGUUUGAUGGAACAGUUCUGUCUGUAUUUGCCAAAACUUGGGCUAGAAUGGCAGCAGGAGGUGGAGGAGCAUAUGCAUAUAAAUCACCCGAUUUUCAUGCCUCGGAUAUCUUUCCUCAAAACAAGGCAUUCCCUCAAUAUUUAACCAGUCCAGGUUUGGCGAGUUUGUUGGUUAGAAAGGGCAAGCCUGUUGUAAGGAGGUUUGUGUUUGAUGGGCAAAUCAUAAGCCAACUUAAGACCCAAGCAACUAGUUAUGGCGUUCAGAACCCUACUCGUACGGAGGUUGUAUCAGCAUUUCUCUACAAUUGCGUCAUGUCUGCAUUAUGGAAGAUAAAAUCAAGUGCUCCGAAGUCUGGUCAAAAUAAUAAUAAUAAUAAUAAUCAUCAUUUAACAUGA